GAUUACGAUCGAGAUGAAAACCAUGAACAUGAUAGUUGUUGUUCUCGCAAUGGCAGUAGUAUUGUUACAUGGAGCAGAAGCUGUACUAUACACAGUUGGAGACGACUUGGGUUGGGCUAUUCCUCCUGGUGGCGCUGCUACUUAUGCUGCAUGGGCUGCCGAGCAUAGCUUUGUAGUCAACGAUGAGCUAGAGUUCGACUUUGCAGUAGGUGAACAAGACUUGGCCUUAGUAACCAAGGAUGAUUACGACAGUUGUAACACGGUGGAUCCCUUGUUGCUAUUCCAGGAGGCAGUUACACUUCAGUUUAUCGCAAGCGACACAUUUUAUUUCACCUCCACCUUGGCCGGGCACUGCACCAAAGGCCAAAAGAUUGCCAUUUACAUCGGCGCUGCCCUGCCUCCUAGUCCCAGUCCAACUCCAUGUCCUUCUUCAUCAAGUGCUGAUGACGCCCUAACGGUAACGGCCAAAUUUGUGUCUCACAAGAUCAUGGCCAAAGGAAACUAG